CUGUUGCCUGUGAGCGGUAAUCCCCGCCGUCCAUGAUUUACCCAGAGCCCGUCUAAUUCUCCUAAACCCCCAGCUGCCACCGUGGCCACUCGUUGAACACGACAGACUGCGAGCCGCUCACUUUAUUAAUAAUUCACCAGCUCUCCGCUUCCCCGACCGCUAUCGGCUUCGGCUCUCCGUGGUCAAGGCAGACUCAACUGUCUUUCUAUUUAUUCACGAUUUAUUGUUUAUCUGCUCAGUUGCAUCUUCAGAUUAAAUAUAUACACAUUAUGCUCGAUCUUUGGAAGCUUUCUUUUAGAUAUAUGGACUGUUUGCCUCUGGUUUCCCUCGCUCGUUCACAUAGUCGUUAUUGGUGCCCGCACUAAAAUAAUCGUUAAAAGGCGAUCUAAAUAUUUUUAAUCAAGUCUAAUCGCAGUUUGGAGGAGGAGGAGGUGGAGAAGGACCAAAGGGGGUCCCACUUUUUUGCUACAGGAGGAAAGGAGGGGGACAGUGGAGAGAGCAAUAGAGAGAGGGAUGGGGAGAGAGAGAGACGUGAUGCAGUCUUAAAUCUUAAAAAAGAGCAACAGCUGAUUUGAAAGCACAUAUACGUUGAAAACAACUUACUGUCAGUCUCAAUUUCAUUCAACCUGUUUUGUCAUUUUUAUCUUGUUUCUGACGGACCACAGACAUCGUGCACUGUUUCGGUUGAACUGCUCCGCAAGAGAUUCGGUGGACGGAGAGUGCGGCGUUUUGAGCCAGACUGCAAUAGCAAGUCUCCAGGAGCUCCGAAGCCGACGAAUGUGUGUGAUGGAAGUCACUCGCGCUAAAAGUGAAGAGAAACAUCCCGAAUGACGCCGAGGUGCUGAAGGCCUGGAUAAUCCUUCUCUCUUCCCUUUCCCUUGAGGAGAAGACUUACUUUUCAACAAAAUGUUCUCUGGGCCACAGGCCGUCUUGUUUUAAGGUUCUUUUUUGCUUCCGGUAUCACCGAAGAAACCAAGUCGCGCUCUCUCGCCCUCUCUCUCACUCACAGUUUUUUGGAGCUCAGCUUUUUUAAAGGAAAAUGGGUCUUUGAGACUGUUGGCAAAUUUCCCUGCUUCACAAUGGCAACUGAAACUUUUCUGGUGAACGAAGACCCCUCCAGAGGCCCUGGGCUGCCAGAAUGCUUUGUAGUGUCUGAUUCAUACAGGGAUGAAUUUCAUCCCUUCAUCGAGGCCCUGCUCCCGCAUGUCCGUGCCUUCUCCUACACCUGGUUCAACCUGCAGGCCCGCAAGCGCAAGUACUUCAAGAAGCACGAGAAGCGCAUGUCGAAGGACGAGGAGCGCGCGGUGAAGGACGAGCUGCUGGGAGAGAAGCCCGAGAUCAAGCAGAAGUGGGCGUCGCGGCUCCUGGCCAAGCUGCGCAAGGACAUCCGGCCCGAGUUCCGCGAGGACUUUGUGCUGACCAUCACGGGGAAGAAGCCCCCCUGCUGCGUGCUGUCCAACCCCGACCAGAAGGGCAAGAUCCGCCGCAUCGACUGCCUCCGCCAGGCCGACAAGGUGUGGCGCCUGGACCUGGUGAUGGUCAUCCUCUUCAAGGGCAGCCCGCUGGAGAGCACGGACGGCGAGCGGCUGGUCAAGUCGCCCCAGUGCUCCAACCAUGGCCUGUGCGUCCAGCCGCACCACAUCGGCGUCUCCGUCAAGGAGCUCGACCUCUACCUGGCCUACUUCGUCCACACGCCAGAAUCUGGACAAUCAGACAGCUCCAGCCAGCAAGGGGAUGCCGACAUCAAGCCACCACCCAAUGGGCACUUGAGUUUCCAGGACUGCUUUGUGACUUCAGGAGUGUGGAACGUCACCGAGCUCGUUCGCGUGUCACAGACUCCGGUUGCUACAGCGUCUGGCCCCAAUUUCUCCCUGGCUGACCUGGAGAGUCCCGGUUACUACAACAUCAACCAGGUGGCCCUGGGGCGACGCUCUAUCACCUCCCCCCCAUCCACCAGGUCUGAGGUGGAGCUAUAUGCAAGUCUUCCACGGAGCUCCAACAAGCGCAAAUCCAUCGAUGACAGUGAGAUGGAGAGCCCGGUGGACGAAGUCUUCUAUACUGGCCGCUCGCCUGCCGCCAGCAGCUCCCAGUCCAGCGGCUGGCCAAACGAUGUGGACACAGUGCAACACCAUUUGGCGAAUGUGCAGGAGAGGAAGAUUAAACAUGAAAACGAUGGCGUGCAGUUUCCUUACCAUGGACUGUCCACGCCUGGUUCUCUUAAGAAGCCGGGAAAGUUCGAUUUCAGCGCCCUGUCGCCCCAGACGAGGUCGCCCCGCAUGGCGUUCACCCAUCACCCGCUGCCAGUGCUGGCGGGCGUGAGACCAGGGAGUCCCCGUGCCUCAGCCUCUGCCCUGCACUUCCCCUCCCCCUCCAUCAUCCAGCAGUCCAGCCCCUACUUCACCCACCCCACCAUCCGCUACCACCACCAUCCCGGACAAGACCCCCUCAAGGAGUUUGUGCAGUUCGUCUGCUCUGAUGGCUCGGGACAGCCCAGUGCACAGCCAAACGGGAGCGGCCAGAGCAAAAUGCCGGGCUCCUUCUUGCUGCCUCCACCUCCCCCAGUGGCCCGCCCAGUGCCCCUCCCCAUGCCCGACUCUAAACCCUGCAGCACACCCCCUGACGGCGGACUCACCUCGCCCGCAUCUCCGUCAUACUCCUCGCCAGGCUCCACAGCUCCCAACAGGUUUGUCAGCAUCGGAUCACGGGACAACAACUUUCUGAACAUCCCCCAGCAGACGCAGUCUUGGUUCCUCUGACAAGACCUGUCUGAAACAAGCAACUAAAAUUCUGUAAUGAAAAUCGGGAAUAAAGAUAAAUAAAUAAACAGCUCACAGGAGGUAGCUCUCCAACCCCUCUAAUUCAAAUGAAAGAGAAAAUACUUGCAUGAUUUCAAAAGGAAAGUAAUCUCAGCUCCACGAAUAAAACAAACAAAAAAAAAAAACAGAGGAAACCCCCUUUUUUGAAAGAGGAUUUUGGAUUCAGAAGAGGAAGAGGAAGAUGAGGAGUCGCCGUGGAGAGCAACAAAACCAACCUGUAAAUCAUCAGAUUCUUUUAACAGUGAGGCACAGUGGCUGAAAAAUGAAAAAAGCCAACACGUACCAAUGAUAAAAUAUAGGGUAAAAUUAUUUAAUAAGGUUAAACACUUUGAAUUGGGAAAAUCAAAUCAGGACGUCUGUAUUGGACACAGCAGUCUUUGGCUAUUCAGCAUAAUCACUUCCAUUUCCCCACUGUCCAGGGCUACAGCGUGCCCUGAGCCAAUGUGAUUGGUUGGAGAGAAUGAAUGACAGACCGUAUCUUUCUGCAGUUAGAAGUCACUCCCAAACCCCAUUUCAAUCAGCCAAUCUCGGUGGCACCAUAUAAUGUUGUGACACCUGCACUAAUUGACUGGUCUCUCUGUCAAAACUCUGAUUGGCUGAACUCAAUAAAACUGACCACAGAGAUAUGUCCAAGAAAACGAACUAUUCGCUCCAGCCCACCACAGCAAACUGUGUUAACACUAAUAGUAUGCAAUUACAUCCCUGCUCGUAUGCACUAUUGGAAUAAAUGAGGGAUAAAGCAAUUUUGCACAUCGGUGAAAAAAAAAAAAAAAAAAAAAUCAGUGACG